AUCUUGGUUUAGAUCGUCCUUGAAAACAGCUAAUUUGCUUAGGUUUGGUGAGUUGUUUUGGUCACGCAUAACAUUUUCAGAUGCUGUUGUCAGGUCUAAGGAAAUUCUUCCGUAGAAACUUUGUUGCUAUAUUUGCACCAUCCUUUACAGCAUAUAUAAUCUACCUUGAUUACAAAGCUUGCCAAAGGUACAAAGAAAUAAACCGUGAAAAUGCUGAGCCAGUCGUCUAAGAUCACUAAGUGGCGUCGCCCCAUCAUUUUUGGUGUGUCUUUCCUGGCAGGAGUUACAAUUUCUCUCACUGUUUUGUGUUCACUAAAAGGAAAUGAUCGAUUGAAAGGUAAAACUGCACUCUAUCGGAACAGAAAAGUCCCUCCUGGUGAAGAUCCUUGGAAAUACUGAAAAAAUGUGUAGAUUUAGUAUAAAUACACAAAUUUAGGAGUUGAACUGUCUUCUAUAUUCUUGUAUUUGUGCUCAUGUAAUCGUUUUGUCUCUGGUUAUCUUUUUGCAGUGUGCUAUGGAAGACUCUUCUAGAAGGAUGAAUCAUGAAGACGACUUGAAAAACAUUGAGUUCGAGACCUCGGAGAAUAUCGAGGUUAUUCCGUCUUUUGACUCGAUGUGUCUUCGGGACGACCUUCUGCGUGGGAUAUAUGCCUACGGAUUUGAACGUCCUUCUGCUAUUCAACAGAGAGCUAUAAAGCAGAUAGUAAAGGGACGAGACGUGAUAGCUCAGUAAGUGUUUCUCAAAUUGUCUAAUACCUUCAGAGCACAAUCAGGAACGGGGAAAACAGCAACAUUGGGCAUAUCCAUUUUGCAAAUGCUGGAUACCCAGCUACGAGAAACCCAAGCCUUGGUUUUAUCUCCAACUCGAGAACUAGCGUCACAAAUACAAAAGGUGAUCCUUGCUUUGGGUGACUACAUGAAUGUACAGUGCCACGCUUGUUAUGGUGGUACUAACAUUGGAGAAGAUAUCCGAAAGUUAGACUACGGGCAGCACGUUAUAUCUGGGACUCCUGGUCGUGUAUUUGACAUGAUACGUCGUCGCAGUUUGCGAACAAGGGCUGUCAAGUUGUUCGUUCUAGAUGAAGCCGAUGAAAUGUUAGACAAAGGUUUCAAAGAACAGAUCUAUGAUGUUUAUCGAUAUUUGCCUCCUGGUACACAAGUUGUCUUACUGUCAGCUACUAUGCCUCAUGAAAUUUUGGAGAUGACGUCAAAGUUCAUGACUAACCCUGUUCGAAUUUUGGUCAAACGUGAUGAACUGACUUUGGAAGGCAUAAAGCAAUUUUUUGUAGCAGUGGAACGAGAAGAAUGGAAGUUUGACACACUAUGUGAUCUGUAUGAUACACUAACUGUUACUCAAUCUGUCAUCUUUUGUAACACAAAGCGUAAAGUUGCUUGGUUAACGGAGAAAAUGCUGAAGAAUAACUUCACUGUUGCAUCGAUGCACGGUGAUAUGGUUCAGAAGGAACGAGAAGAAAUUAUGAAAGACUUUCGGGCUGGGGAUAGUCGCGUCCUCAUAACAACAGAUUUGUGGGCACGAGGUAUUGAUGUACAACAAGUAUCUCUUGUCAUUAAUUACGACUUACCAAAUAAUCGUGAACUUUAUAUUCAUCGUAUUGGUCGGUCAGGUCGUUUUGGACGUAAAGGUGUAGCAAUUAACUUUGUGAAAACAGAUGACAUCAAAAUCCUACGAGAUAUCGAACAAUAUUACUCCACACAAAUUGAUGAAAUGCCAAUGAAUGUUUCAGACCUUGUAUAGUCCAUGAUGUUCUGUUUUUAUUAAUCUAAUAAAUACUUCUCUUUUGUAAAUAGUU